ACCAUACUUAAAUAUCAAAUAGUACCAGCUUCUGCAAGAGGAAAAUCCAGAGUAUGGCGAUAAUGGAAAGGACGAACUGUGUGACACCAUGUGUGUGUCGUUGCAGGAUCGGAUUCCUCGAGCCGGUGGCGAACCUGCUGAGCGUGAUGAGGGGCCCCAAGUACGACGGCGCCUUCCUGCACGGCAAGAUCAAGAGCCUCACCCACGACGUGAGGAUCGCGGACACGGUGACCAACGUCGUCGUGCCGGCGUUCGACGUCAAGUGCCUGCAGCCGGUCAUCUUCUCGACGUACGAGGCGCAGCACGAGCCGCUCAAGAACGCGCACCUCUCCGACAUCUGCAUCAGCACGGCGGCGGCGCCGACCUACUUCCCGGCGCACUUCUUCAGGACCGAGGGCCCCAGCGGCAAGUCCCGGGAGUUCCACCUCGUCGACGGCGGCGUGGCGGCCAACAACCCAACCAUGGUCGCCAUGUCCAUGCUCACCAAGGAGGUGCUCCGCCACAACCCGGACUUCCGGCCCGCGGAGUACGGCAACUUCCUCAUCAUCUCCGUCGGCACCGGGGCGCCCAAGCAGGCGGAGAUGUACACCGCGCCCAAGUGCGCCAAGUGGGGCCUGCUCCGGUGGCUCUACGACGGCGGCUUCACCCCGCUCAUCGACAUCUUCUGCCAUGCCAGCGCCGACAUGGUCGACAUCCACGCCAAAGUGCUCUUCGAGGCACUCGGAUGCGAGAAGAACUACCUCCGUAUCCAGGAUGAUUCACUAGUAGGACACACAUCAUCGGUGGACAUCGCGACGAAGGAGAACAUGGAGGCGUUGAUCCGGAUCGGAAGGGAGCUUCUCAAGAAGCCGGUGGCGAGGGUGAACAUCGACACGGGGAUGUACGAGCCCGUCGCCGGCGAGGGCAACAACGAGCAGGCUCUCGAGCGCUUCGCUAGGAAGCUCUCCGACGAGCUCAAGCUUCGCAUGAAAAACUUCAACUCCUACUAGCUUUGCUUGCUUGCUUGCUUGCCAACCGGCAAAAUAUGUGAAUAUAAAAAAAAAAAGUUUUGCUUGCUUUUAACGUGACGGGUGUUGUAAUCGAUCAUGAACUAGUUCAUGACAUUUGUAAUAUGACUUGUAGUCCAGUAGAAUAAUGAAUAACCAUGGAAGUUUUAGAGUGCCAUAUUCAACAACA